UGGUGAUGACUUAUGUCACAUACUUCCUGAAGGCAGAUAAUGAUCGAGGAAAUUCACUCUCGUAUGCUCCCACAAACCAACCUAGCGCUCACGAAAGCAAGGUAGACACACAGAAUGAGGCCGCGGAACUGGACUUGCAAAGGCUGGAAGCAGCGCACGCCGAAAUACAACGACUUGCCAUAGAAAUUGCUGAGGCAGAAGCACAGAAGUUGGCAGCAGAGGAGAUUGAAGUACAGCGAUAUACUCAGGAGGCUGCUGAGAUAGCUCAAGCAGAGAAACUUGCAAAAGAGUCUGCUUAG